GAUCGCGCCCUCUACCUAUAGCCUUAUCACAGCAGCUCACGACGCAUAAUGUUAGUAUUGCUAGUAAUAUAAUCGAGGCCGGUCUAUGUUUGCAGCUAAACAAUGCAUUAUUAUAGUUUAUUUAUAAAUGUGUUAAUUAUUUGUUCAAUUCUUCUAUUUCCUGUGUCACAAUCGUACAACCAAAAUGUGGGACCACUUGUUAAAAUGACCAAUGGCCAAGUGUGGCCCAAACCGGUGUUUCAACACAACUUUGACGAAUACUUAACAGUUGAACCAGAAAAUUUUCAUUUUAACGUAACAGGUUAUAGUUGUGACGACCUUUAUGAUGCAUUUAAAAGGUAUAAUCAUAUGCUAUUUUUAAAAGCUAAACAAACUUUUAAACACGAUACACAUUCAUCUACAAACUUUACCUUUGGUAAGUUGGAAGUGCUGAAUGUACAGAUGACAAACCCUUGUGAAAAUUAUCCCUCUUUGAAUAUGGAUGAAAAAUAUGAAAUCAAAAUAAAUAAUUCUCGCGGACAUUUAUUGGCAUCAUCUAUUUGGGGCAUUCUCAGAGGUCUAGAAACUUUUUCUCAGUUGGUUCAUUUGAAAACGGAUGGUUCGACGUUUGUAUUACAAUGCACGUCAAUAGUGGACUAUCCGAAAUUCAGACAUCGUGGAUUUUUAUUAGAUACGUCUCGUCAUUAUUUACCCGUCCAAACAAUAAUAAAAACAUUAGACGCUAUGUCGUAUUCAAAAAUGAACGUAUUUCACUGGCAUAUGGUUGAUGACAAUAGUUUCCCGUUUCAGAGCAGCGUUUUUCCAAAUCUUAGCGAAAGAGGAGCUUUUGGAUAUUCGGCCAUUUAUACGAAAAAUGACAUUAAACAUAUAAUAGAACAAGCAAAACGUCGAGGUAUUCGAGUUAUUCCAGAAAUCGAUACUCCGGGACAUACGUUAUCUUGGGGUCUCGGUGGUAUUCCAGGACUAUUAACUCCAUGUUCGGAUCCUCAUCCAGAUCGUUUUGGACCUAUCGAUCCGACGGUUGAAGAAAACUACAAUUUCAUCAGGGCACUAUUGUCUGAAAUCAGUGAAUUAUUCAAAGACAAGUAUUUACACAUAGGUGGUGAUGAAGUAAAUACAACGUGUUGGACUACAAACAAAAAGAUACAAAUGUUCAUGCUUCGCAAUAAUAUGACCGACGUUAUCGAAUUAGAAAAAUUCUACUUCAAAAACAUAUUCAAUAUAACACGAAAUUUAAAAACCGUGGCCAUCGCGUGGGAAGAAGUUUUUGAUGAAAAUAUUCCUCUUGAUCCCAACGUCGUGGUACAAGUGUGGAAGGGCGAUUUAAAUUCGACCGUGCCGAAGGUAAUGAAACGUUUACAUCCAGUGAUAUUUUCCAGCUGUUGGUACUUGAACUACAUUAAAUAUGGAACGGACUGGCCGAAUUUCUACAAGUGCGACCCGACCAGCGUGGUUGGCGAGAAUCGUUUGUUUUUGGGAGGCGAAGCUUGUGUGUGGGGCGAAUUCGUUGACGAAACGAAUUUAUUGCAAGUUUCGUGGCCUAGAGCCAGCGCUGUAGCCGAAGUGCUCUGGUCAAACGUGCUUAAUGAAACUGAAGCCAAGCACAGACUUGAGGAACACGUUUGCAGGAUGAAGCGGAGAGGGAUACCCGCUCAGCCAGCCAGCGGACCCAACUAUUGCCAUUAUUAAAACACCUGUAUAUUAUUGUCUUAUUGGAUACAGUUGCAUAGAACUAAAGACUACUAUAACUGAGAUAA